AUGGAAGCAGAUGACGAGAGGCCCAUCAGCCUCAUGGUGCCAAGAGAGGACCGCAUGUCCCUCUCUUGCUUGUUCCCCUGCGGGCCUGACACCAGACAGUGGGAGUAUUUCAAUGGGAAGUGUUACUACUUCUCCUUAGAAACCGCUCCUUGGAUGCGAGCCAAGUCCCGGUGUGAAGAGAAGUUUUCUCAGCUGGUCGUCAUCAACAGUAUGGCCGAACAGAAUUUCAUUCAGACCCGGACCAGAAAUGCACGCUAUUGGAUGGGACUGACGGACAUGGAUGCGGAAGGAGUGUGGAGAUGGGUGGACGGUAGCGAUUACAACACAGGCUUCAUGUACUGGAAGCCAGGGGAGCCCAACGACGACGGACGCAAUGAGGAUUGCGCUCACCUCUGGGGCAACGGUGUAUGGAACGAUGUCUACUGCACUUACCUGUGUUACUACGUCUGCGAGAAGCCCUGGCCAAGAACAGCCAGAGCGCAUCAUAGCGGGACCUAA